CAGAUACACCCUGAGAUUUGUGUUUUACUACUGGUAGCAAAAUGUGGAAGAAAAAAUCAAAGCUGUCGGAUCCAACUGCAGUAGGCCAAGCGGGCAUUAAGAAGAAGUCCAAAGUGCCUGGUGUGAUGAUCACCCAAUUUGUGGAAGACAUCCCAGAAGGGAAAUCUCAUCCAGACUUCACCCGUAAACCCAUUGCUCUGACCAUUCAAGAAGGCAAACUAGCCAUUUUCAAGGCUAUUGUCAUAGGUGAUCCUGCCCCUACUGUCACAUGGUCCAGAAAUAAUGGCGAUGUCUCCGACCCAAAGAAAUAUCAAACUAAGUUUGAUCCUGUUUCUCGAGAACACACAAUUGAGAUGCCAAAUGUAUCACCAGAGCAAGCAGAUACCUACAAAUGUUUUGCAAGUAAUGAGUUUGGAAAGGCAUCCGUCACUGUUGUUUUGAACGUCAUUGAAGUGGGAUACAAAAAGGACAAAGCCCAGAAAGCAGUUCUAAGUGAUCCAAAUGACUUCAAGAUGGCACUAAAAAGGAAAAGUAAAGUGCGUCCAAAGACGGAACAGAAAAAAGAGGGCGAGAUCGACCCAAAGUUCUGGGAGAUUUUGCUCAGUGCUGAUAAGAAAGACUAUGAGCGAAUUUGUGCUGAGUAUGGAGUGACUGACUUCAGGUGGAUGCUGAAAAAACUCAACGAAAUGAAAAAAGAACGAGAGGAGGAGCAAGCCCAGUUUGUCAAAAGCAUCUCUAACUUGAAGCACAUUGAAGUCAAAGGUGAAGGCAUAGCAUCGUUUGAAGUUGACCUGGACCUUAUAGAUCCUUGUAGCAAGGUUUUUGUCUACAAGGACGGAGAGAUGAUUGAGUGCUCCAGAGAAAUGGAAAUGGAAAUAAAGCACAGCCUGAAACAAGUGGGCAAGAAGUUUGUGUUCUCCAUCAGAGACCUUCUACCCGAUGAUGCCGGCCUUUAUCAGAUAGACGUUGAGGAUGUGAAUAUGUUCUCCACAGAAUUUAAGAUUCCACAGGUGGACUUCUUGGUGAAGAUUCAGGAGGUUAAGGCCAUGGAGAGGGAAGAUGCUGUAUUUGAGUGUGUUUUGUCCAACCCCUUCUCCAAAAUCAUGUGGGUGGGAAAGAAUGUUCCUCUGGAAAAUGGAGAGAAGUAUGAGAUUUCCGUGUCCGAGGACAAACUAGUUCACAGACUUGUGGUGAAGGACUGCAUGCAGGUGGAUAAAGGCAUCUAUGCUGCCGUGGCUGGAAUCAAAUCUUGUAAUGCCUGGCUUUUAGUUGAAGCUGACAAUGACCCAAAUCUGCAUGGCAAAAAGAAAUCCAGAAAAGCAACACAAGCUGGAGGAUCAGGACUGGACCUGGGGAAGAUUGCAGCAGAUCAGCAGGCCAAGCUGGAGAAAGAGAGAGCAGAGAGGAUUGAGGCGGCCAAAACAGCCACAGCAGAUACAGACACAGCAGGAGGAGGAGCAGGAGAUGGAGGAGCUAGUAGCAACUCUGGAUAUGGAUCUGGAUCCGGCUCCAGCGCUGGAUCCGGCUCCAGUGCUGGAUCUGGAUCUAAACCUGUCUGUAGUUCUGGUUCUAGUUCUGGGGGUCAUUCUGGAGCAGGGACGGUGAAAACUGGAGACACUUCUGGACACACUGGGCGCGGAGAUGAUGGACCACUUAGUGCGGACACUGGAGACACAGAUGGAAAAGUGCACCUGACCAGCGGACUGUCGGAUGUUUAUGCAGUUCGUGGAAAGCCAGUAGAACUGGUCUGCAAACUGAACAAUAGUAAGGUUGAUGGAGAUUGGUCGAAAGAUGGGGAAAAGCUUUCCUCUAAAGGUGGAGUAACUAUAUCCAAGGAUGGUGGAACACAUAAACUGACUAUCCAAAGCUGCAAGGAUUCUGACUCAGGCCAAUAUGAGUUUGCAGCAGGUGACUGUAAAACCAGUGGGAUGCUGACAGUUGGAGAUGCUCCAGAAUUUGAUGCUGAUGAAUUGCACAAGUUCUCCAAACCUGUGGUUGUGAAGACUGGCCAGAACGCAUCCUUUAAGAUGGUGUUCCCGCCACAGGAUUCCUUGCAGAUCAAGUGGUUUAAGGAUGGUUCUGAGCUGAUGGAUGGUGGUGGGGUGAAAGUGGUGAAAGAAGCAAAUUAUAGUCGCCUUCAAAUAAAAGACUGCCUGGAAUCAGAUGCGGGAGAAAUUAAAAUCCAGCUUAAAAACACUUUUGGUACUGUUGAGGCUUUGUCCAGACUAAUAGUGCUAGGAAAGCCCGGUGCACCAAAAGGUCCAGUAGAGGUGCUGGAAAGCACUGCUUCUGUAAUUGAACUCCAGUGGAAGCCACCGAGCGAUGACGGUGGCUCAGCAGUAACCAACUACAUUAUUGAGCGUCAGCAAGCAGGCCAAAGUUUGUGGAAAAAGAUGGGGGACGUUUCAGGAGAUCGAGUGACCUUCAGAGACAGAAAUGUGUCCCAUGGCAAGAGAUACACCUACCGCAUAUAUGCAGAGAAUAAUGAGGGGAUUGGUAAACCACUGGAGACUGACAGCAUCAUGGCUGGCACUUUAAUCUAUCCUGGCCAACCAGCUGCUCCUAAGGUGGUUAGCGCAUUUAAGAACUGCAUUAAUCUGGAGUGGAGUCCUCCGGAGAAGGAUGGAGGAACAAAAAUUCUGGGUUACCAGCUGGAGAAACGCAAGAAAGACACAAACCAAUGGGUUGCUUUAAACUCAGUUAAUGAACCAAUUGAAGCUCUGAAAUAUGCUGUGAAGGAGGUAUCAGAAGGAUCAGAAUACGAGUUCAGAGUGUCAGCUAUUAACGCCUCUGGAGCUGGAGAACCCAGUCAACCUUCAUCGAUGGUCUGCGCUAAAAAUCCCAACUUAAAACCACAUUUCAAAGAUCCCCAAGACUUCAUGGUUGUAAGAGCAGGAAACUCUGCCAGAAUAAAAAUUGAUUAUGAGGCUUCCCCACCACCAGAAAUCCAGUGGCUGAAGGAUAAUGAACCUGUCUCUUCAUGGUUCAACAUCGUCAACAUUGAGGGCUCAUCAAUGCUCAUCAUACCCAGCUCACAGCGCUCAGACUCGGGCAUCUACACCAUCGUGGCAAAAAACUCCAGCGGGAAGACGAGUUUUGACAUAGAGGUUAGAGUAACAGAUGAGCCCAAGAGACCAGGUCCAGUGGCACUGGAACAGGUGGUCCACGGUAGGGUCAUCAUCACCUGGGCUCCGUCCCCAGAUGAGGAGCUUGAUGACCGAGUGCACUACAUGAUUGCCGCACAUGACUCCAGCUGCCGUGUAUGGCGCCCAAUAGCUGAUCGGCUUUUCUGCACAACCUACACCACCAAUGUCCAAUCAGGGCAAGAGUACCACUUCAAAGUCUACGCCAAGAACGACGUGGGAUUAUCUGAGCCGUCAGAAUCACCAACAUGGGGAGUCAACAACAGCAAAGCUUCAACAUUUACGUCUCUACCCGCCAUGAUCACCUUUGAGAGACCACCCUCCAUUCUGGUUCCUCUGAAAGUUCAUACUCCACCAAAGGGCUAUCAAUGCUUCAUGACUUGUGCAGUUCGCGGCUGCCCUACACCCUACGUGUCCUGGUACCUCGACAACAUCUGCAUCAACUCUAAUAAGCAUUACUACAUCACCAACGCUCACGGAGUUUGCUCCAUGUACAUCCUCAGAGUGCAGCCUGAUGACGGCGGCGAGUACAAAGUGGUGGCAGUCAACUCUUUUGGGAAAGCAGAGUGCUCCACAAAACUUAAAGUAAAAGAUUGAACUACGUGUCACACUGGAAAAUAAUAUAACUGAUUCAGACAUUUUUAUAAUUAGAAAUUAAACAACUCAUGGGUGCACACGUCAUGUAACACUAUAUGCUGUCAUUAAGAAUGUGUGACAAUGUCUAUGAUCAAUUAUACAAAAAUAUAGUGUGUAUUCUCCAUGUUAACAAAACUGUAUUUUCUGUUUUUGAAAUGCAUAGGCCCCAUUUCUGUCUUAAAACAAAUGAUUGCAUGAUUUCUUAGUAUGACAAUUGCAAAGCAGGAACUCUGAAGGAAAAUAAAAUAGUUGUAAAAUAGUUGUCUAAUGCUUUUGUAUGGUUUGGCUUAUUUAUUAAAUGGUAAAUAAUUUGGUGUGUCUUAAUAAUCAAUGUGUGUCUUAUAGUUAAUACAUUCAGUACUUAAAUAAACACUGUCUAGCUGCAAGUUUCAUAGAAAUAAUCAUUUUAUCCAGUUUAACCCUUGUGUGGUGUUCGGGUCUGUGGGACCCGUUUUCAUUUUUCAUCAAAUGAUACAAAAAAUAUAUUUUUACUGUAACUCAAACUCAUUGGCAUUGGCUCAUUUUUUUGUGAAAAACAUAUACCCAAACACAUUUUCGAUAAACACACACUGUACACCCCCCCCCCCCUCACACACACACACACACACACACACACACACACACACACACACACACACACACAUUUAUACUACAUACAGUAUGUUUGGCCAAGGGCUAAUAAACAUUUUCAUUUGUAAGUUUGAAACUAAACAAAUUUUCCACUCAUAUUUUGAGUUUAAAUCAUUUUCUUUUACAUUUUAUUAAAAACUAAUAAAAAAAGUGUAGCACUUUUUAGAAAUGUAACAUAAGAAAGAUAAAGGGCAAAUAUUAACCAUGUAAGCUGUUUAUAUUACUUGCAAUUUAGGUGAAGCAAGCAUGUGUAAAGCAUUUUAAUGUAAAAUUGCUUAAUUUUGCUGAAUUAAAUACAAGUAACAACAAAAAAAUGAACACCACACAAGGGUUAAAUGGGUGUAAUGCAGCAGAUUAUUGUACCACUAGUGCAUU